AUGGCCUCAUCACCGGAUACUCAACCGCAACCUCAACCUUCAGUCCAACAUCAGACACCAGCAUAUGCAGCUCAUGACUGGAGUAAUGUUGAAAUACGAACAGAUACAAGUACAUUUAGAGACCAAUUUGGAAGAAAUCUGUUGCUACGUGGUGUAAACCUAGAAUGCAAGACGCCAUCGAGUAUAAGCCAGGAUGGCAAGCCCUCAUAUGUUGGUCGGCCGAUACCCGUGAAUGAAGCAGACCAACACUUUUCACGGUUGAGAACAUGGGGCUUUACCAUUCUAAGAUGGAGUGUUGCAUGGGAAGCUCUCGAACAUGCUGGUCCUGGUGUCUACGACGAAGAAUACAUCUUAUAUCUCAUCGACAUGAUACGGAAAGCCAACGAGUAUGGAAUGAAGGUCUUUAUUGAUCCGCAUCAAGACUGCUUCAGUCGGUUUAGUGGUGGCAGUGGUGCUCCAGAGUGGACAUUCCGAGCUGCUCAGCUAAACGUCGAAAACUUUAACGAAGUCGGUGCAGCCCUCAUCCACAAAAAAGGUGAACACGUAAACCGUGGCUUAUGGUCUACAAACUAUACCAAACUCGCAUCAUGCACAAUGUGGACUCUGUUUUUCGCUGGAGACAUCUUUGCACCAACUCUGAAAUACAAUAACCAGCCAAUUCAGUCCUUCCUGCAAUCUCAUUUUAUAAAGUGUUUUCAGAAUCUGGCCAGACGGUUGGUACUUGCUGGCGUCACGAAUGUGAUUGGGUAUGAGGUUAUGAAUGAGCCACAUAUGGGAUAUAUAGGGAUGCAAGAUAUUAGGAAGCAGUUUGAUUCGAGAGUGAAUUUGAUUGUGGGAGCUUGUCCUGUGCCGUUAAAGGCUUUUGCACUUGCUGAUGGUCAUUCACAGUUGGUGGAUAUAUACGUAAGGUCAUGGCCUGUUCCUGGUCGAAAGAGUCACAAGCGGGCAAUGAACGAGGCUGAGAAAUCAGCUUGGUUGACUCCUUUUGGAUGUAUAUGGAAACAGCACGGUGUUUGGGAAUGGAAUGAGAAACUUAAAUGCCCUGUCGCUCUAAACCCUCACUACUUUUCACAACACCCUAAAACUGGUGCUAAGAUUAAUUUCGACAAGGAUUUAUAUCAUCCAUUUUUGAAUUCGUAUAUGACUGCUAUACGAGAAGUACAUCCAGGAGCAAUCAUUUUUGUUGAGCCUAUACCAUUGCACCAUCCACCGACCAUUGAACAGUCUGAACGAAAGGAUAUUGUGUAUGCUCCCCAUUGGUAUGACUUGAAUGUUAUGUUUUACAAGAGCUUCAAAUAUAUUACUGUUGAUGUGCAGGGAUUGUCAUCGGGGAAGAGGAACAUCUUUCAGUCAAUAUACCUGGGUAUGGAAGGAGCGUUCAAGAACUAUUCUAGACAGCUGAAGAAUGUAGUUGAAGGUGGCAAACCAUAUGUUGGUAACAUACCAGUGUUGAUUGGCGAGACUGGACUUCCACAGGAUAUCAAUGGCGGUGAAGCCUUCCGAUCUGGUGAAUACAAGCACCAAAUAAAUGCUUUGGAUUGUAUAUUGAGAGGACUUGAUUCGAAUUUGGUUAGCUACACGUUGUGGAACUACCACGCUACCAAUAAUCAUUCAGACGGUGAUGACUGGAAUGGAGAAAACUUUUCCAUCUUUACGCUAGAACCUCAUGCAUCUUCCAUCCCAAUCUUCCCUACACCGUCUGAUAAAGUAGGACAUCCAAGUCAUGCAGAGCAUAAAGGUGGCAGGGCUCUCGAUGCAGUUAUAAGGCCAUACGCAUCUCGUAUACCAGGUACACCUAUAAUGAUGUCAUUCAAUCGCCACUCAAAGGGUUUCUACCUUGAAAUCAAACCUGGUGUUGUUGAAGGGGCUAGUGUGACUGAUAUAUUUAUACCUUCAUUCCAAUUUUAUGAUGGGAUACGUGUUGAGGUGUCUAGUGGUACUUGGGAGUAUCGAGAAGAUCUUCAAACACUAUAUUGGAAGACUGUCGGGGCAACAGAGACAUGUUGGAUUAAGGUUGAACCAGUGAAAGGAGUCAAGAGAUCUAAAUUAUUUCAGAAAUGUAGAUAG